AGCAACGGUCACCGUUGAGACGGAGGAAGACGCCCCCAGCGGAUUGGCUGCACCGGGCCUCUCUGCAGCGUAGAUUGGCUGAAGCGUCGAUAGAGGGCCAGGCCUUGGCAGCCUCUGCCGGAGAACCGGCUGUCCCAGAACCGAGGCAGGACAGAACCUGUGGUGCCCCGCGGCACAGAGGAGCGACAAGAUGAUCCGCCGGAAGUCCAGCCAAUUCCAGGGACUGAAAAUGCAAUCGGAGCUUGAACAGCACUACGAACUGCGGAGAGAACCCAAGAAAGACCUCAGGUCAUUGGAUGAAUCGGCCACGCGGAUGGGAACAGGUGUGCAUAGCGAGUCGGGAACCGUGGCUUCGGUGAAUGCGGAUGAGGAUCCUGCAGCCGACUUGUUCCCGCCGCCACUGCCCCAGCCCCGGAUCUGCAUAUGGAAGUACCUGGACAUCCAUUCCAUGCACAGGCUGGAGAAGACAGCCAAUGUUGAGGAGAUGAGGGAGGUGCUGGCCGAGCUGUUGGGACUAGGCUCUCCUGCGCAGAGCCUGCGGGACGCCAUCACCCUGGACCUCUUCUCCCAUGCACUCAUCUUCUGCCGCCAACAAGGCUUCUCCCUGGAGCAGACAUCAACGGCUUGUGCCCUGCUCCAAGAUCUUCACAAGGCCUGUAUUGCAACCCCCUUGGGCAACGUGGAGGAAUGUUACCGCUACUUCACCAGUGUUCUUUUUUGCCACGGAAUCAGGCGGCCCCCCUUCAGUAUCAACCUCUUUAAGGAGGAACAGCUGCUGGCCCUGGCAGAUUAUGUGGUCAACACCUACUUCCGCCACUUCAAGCUCUACAAAUAUGUCUUCACACCCCAGGUACUGGGCCAUGGGCUACAAGAGGCCACCCCUCAUCUCCCCGCUUUACCUCAGUGCAGACGUCUUCCUCCCUCUUUCCAGGUGCGGCUGGAUCUAUCUUUGACUUACAUGGGGCUACAGGCACCCAAGCUCUGGCCAAAGGAUGAGACGGGUAAGGGAGAAUGCCGGGGCGAGGGCUGGACUGGGCUGGGGCUGAAGCCUCCUCCUGCCUUCUCGCUUGUAGAGAAAGAAGAGGGCGAAGAGGUGGAGGAGCAGGCACUCACCCCAGAUGAGGAGGAACCGGAAACAGUGGUCCAGCCAGAGCCAGAGCCAAGCCAGGUCUCCAUCCUCCGGGCCUACAUCAAGACCCAGAUGAACAAGGAACUGGAGCAGCUCCAACAACUGGUGGAGGAACGGCUCAAGGCCAGUGAGGAAAGGCUCAGCAGCAAGCUGACCGCACUCGAGCGGCCCCUCCAGCUACCUCCAGGCAAAGGCAAGAACAAGACCUAGUGACCCCCACCCUCUUCCCCAAUAAAGACCUGGACCAAAGUGGCCCUACCCUGCCCCCAUCCUGAGCACCUUCUGGGCUUCCCUGCACCAGACACAGGACGCUGGCUCUCCCUGGCGUGUAGCAGAUUUUAUUGCAUACGUGGCACAGGCAGCAUGGAUAAGGCCAGGCAUGGCACUCUGGGUGGCUCUCUUCCUCUUCAGCUCUGAUCUCAAAGCCCUGGCCAGUGUGGGUAGGUGUACAGGGCUGGUCUCUAUGAUACUUUGAUCAGUGGCGGGCCUGGCCAGGCAUGGGGGCCUGAGGCCAUAGCCCAGAGGGGCUGGAAUGAUAAAAAUCCUCCUCCUGGAGAGUUCUGCUUCCUGGGAUUCCUCAGGGCUGAAGUACUAGCCCAGCACCAUCAUGGCCUCAUCUUCAGUGAUAGUAGCUGAGUCCCCCUCCUCUUCAGGGCCCAUCAUGGAUAAAGGCCCUGGGGGCCGGUGCUGGAAGAGGGCUGCCCGGUUCUGCUGCUCACCCUUCUUCACCCAGUGUCCAUAGAGCCGGAAGGCACAGCUGUCAAUGAGGCGCCGCACUGGCCGCAGCGCAUAAGGGUCCCUCAACAGUGCACUCUUGGUCAGCGGCCGUACACGGUGGGUGCUUAAGGCCACCCGUCCAGCAGCCAGCACUGUCCACACUGCCACCUGGGAAAGGGGGCAGUGUGAGCUCCACGGGCACAUCCACCAAAAGAAAAAUCAUGGGACAGAGGAGCAGGCCCACACCCUGACACUCUCAGGCUUACCCGGAACCGCUGGCGGGGGCUGAGGUUCCAGGGUUGGCUGCCUUCACAGCGCUCAAAGAAUGGGUGCUGUAGGGCUUGCUCAGCUGUCAGGCGCUCCUCAGGAUCCACCUGCAGCAGCCUCGAGAUCUACGGGAAAUGCCAGAGCAUGAAGGGCAGCUCUUGGGCCUCCCUCCUUGCCCUCUCAUGGCCCCAGCUCACCAGGUCUUUCACAGUGUCAGAACGGUCAUCCCACUCAGGUGAACUAAACUGGUACUGGCCCUCCAUGAUCAUGCGUAACAUCAGGAUCUGGCGUCGGUGCCAGAAUGGUGGCGAGCCAGCCAGGAGUGUGAACAAGAUCACCCCACAGGCCCAGCUGAGAAAGAGACCACAGUCAGGGAGGACGAGGUGAGCGAAUGUGUUGAAGGACAUUACACAAAGGAGGAGGGAAGGGGGAGACCAGAAACUCACAGAUCGACCUCCUUGCCGUAGCCUGGGUGGGUUUCAUCCAUGGAGCACUUAAGGAUCUCUGGUGCUAGAUACCCUGGAGUCCCACACAACUCUGGGGAGAGAGGCCUGAGAUUGAUGGGAUGUCACAGCCCCCUCAAGGACCCUUAACACCAGACCUCUGCUGGAGCCUCAACACCACCAGAGCCCCAAGUGUUCCCAUUCUGCUCCUGCCUGCCUUCUGCGAAGUCUCGGUAUUAGACCCUAGCCCUGCUGAACAAUUCAAGGACCCACCAAGGCUCCUGGUGGCCUUCCUGGGAAAACCCGAUUUUUAGAUUGACUUAAAGGUGCUAUCCAACUGUAUCACUUGCCUCCCCCAACCCUCCAGCCAACCCAAUCCUCACACAAGUUUUUACCACGUUUUUACAUAUAUACACACAUAGAAAACAAAACUUAAAUCUUUUCUGCAUUCCUUUCUGCCCAAAUCUAUUCCUCCUCCUAUAAUCUCUACUGCAGUUAGUGGAACCACCACUCAACCAAGGGGAAUGAGUAGGAAUAUGGGAUUUCUUAAGGCACAUUCUGGGUAAAUUGUUUGUUUAAAACCCUUCCCUGGCUUCCCAUCAUGGCCUCAGGAUCAAGUCUAGACUCCUACAGCACAGAGCCCUCCAUGACUUGAUCUAAGCCUGUAUUUUUAGUUUCUUCUGGCACCAAGUCUUCCAUCUCAGCAAUUUCCAAACUGUGAUCCAUGGCACACUUCGAAGAGAUCUUAAUAGGCCUGAAUUGAGAAACUGAAUUUCUCUGGGGAAAUUCAUUCCAAGUCAAACUAUUUACUGAACGCCUACCAUGUGCCAAGCACCACACUAGACACAGUGGCGAAUUUGAUGUGCCCUUACCAAGCUCACCACCUACCAGAAAGCAAACAAAUAACAGAGUAAGACAUGUAUCAUGAAGUGGGGGAGAUAUAAGAGCAAAAACCAAGGGCUCUAACCUGACAUAGAACUUUAAAGUAAAAGCUGAAUUAUCCAAGCCAAGGGAGAGGCUGGAGUGGGCAGGGGCAAAAAUGAUGCAGAAUAGGGAAGUGUAUGUGGCAGCCCAAAGGGACACAAAGCACAGCAUCUGGAAGAUGUGUAAGUCCACAGAUUAAGACCAUGAACUCUGGAGUCAUACUGCCCAAGUUCAAAUCACACCUAUGUGACCUUGGGCAAGUCACCUCACCUCAUUAAGCCCACUUAUAAAAUAGAGACACAAAUACUAUUUCAGAGCUGUUGAGAGGAUCUAGAGAAAUAAGCCAUGUAGACUCAGCGUGGUGCCUUACUCACAAUAAGUGCCCAGUGAAUGUUAGCUAUUAGUAAGUCCAAUGCAGAGCCACUGAAGGAGAGGAAGUAGUAUAUUAAAGGCUCUGAGGAGUCUCACAGUUGAACUUUGUUUAGUUUUCCACUUGCACUAGAAAUGGUUUUCACAACAAAUGUGUGGGCACGAGGUGAGAAGGGCUGUCGCGCCACACCAGGCUCCUCAUAGCACCUAAGCAGCACACUGUGGACCUGCCUCUGCCAGACCCCAAAGGCACAGCUGAGCCCUGCUAUCCCUCGCCCCCUCUUUUUCCUCCUGUGGCAAGCCCAGCCUCCCCAGGCCGAGGUCCGAGCCCCUUCCUCUGUGGGUCCCUACAGCUGAAUCAGGUACUCCUUCCUGGCUUCCUGGCAUGGCCCCUUGCCUGCUGCGUGCCAUGAUCUGCUCACUUGUCUGCCUCCAGGUCAGGAAGCCCACGCUGAUUUGCACACGAGGCUCUGCACCCAGUGGGGACCUGGCAAGUGCUCACUGACCUUCCUUUCCUUGGUACUUGGGACCCAGUUCUCAGACCCAGCCAACCAGCCCCAGGCCUGAGCCUCUUUCCCUCCCAAGCCUCUCAGGGUACCAGGUCCCCUCACCUCGAAGCUUCUCGUCAGGUUCCAAGUGGCAGGAGAACCCAAAAUCUGACAGUCGGAUCUGCAUAUUGUCAUCUAGGAGAAUAUUCUCAGGCUUCAGGUCUCGGUGUACAAUGUUGUUGGCGUGGAGAAAGCUCACUGCUUCCAGCAGAGACCUCAUGAUGGACCUGAGGGAGGCACAGUCUCCUUUGCUUCUCCCUGUCCCGCCCCACCCCCUGCUCAUCCCAGGGGUUGCAGGCUCACCCAUUACCUGGUUUCCUUUUCUGAGAGGGCCACCUUCUCUGUGAGAUAGUCAAACAGCUCUCCCUUCCGCAUCCUAAGGGAUAGGAGGGGUUGGGAGAUAGGUGCACCUCACAGUGGCGGCUGAGAAAAGAAGCCAGUGCUCACAGAAAAUACCACGGAAGAGGCCAGUAAAGAGAUCCCUCUGUAGACAAAUGAAAGGGUCUCGAGACAGAGCACUCCAAGAGUGAACCGGGUGUCAGGGGCACUUUGGCCCAAUGGGUUGGCCGUCGAAAUAUCUGCACUGUGCCACAAGGGGGCUAUUUUAGCAAGAAUAAGUGCCUUAUGAUAAUAAUCAUUUACAGGAAGUCUGUGUUAUCUGAGAAUACACUCACAAAACGCCUUCUGAAGUGAAUCUAUUUAGACCACGGACCAAAAUUUUCCAGUUAAUAGUAGCAAGAAAGUUGAAUGGGACUUUACUUUGAAUUUUGCUUAUUUUAUCUUGUCUUUUAAAACUGAGGUUAUAAUUGCAACUCUGCAUCAAUCCUUGAAAUAAAGCACACACCAG